ACAUCACGGUGCCUCCUCGCAGCUUCCUCCACUCGUCUCCUCCUCUCCCUCUCGCCCCAAAACAAGCAAAGGGAGCAGAUGGGGGCAGCGGGCAGGGGGCCGCUGCAUUAAAAAAAAGAAGGGCACGGAAACUUAAUCCAAUCCAUCCACCAAACCCAAAUCUCUGUCUCGCGCAGCGCAGGCGCAGAGCACCGCCACGCGCGCCUCAUCCGGUACCGCCAUGACGAGCGCCUCCGAGCUCUUCACCGCGCGACGCGGCGCCCGUGGGGGCCGCCUCUCCGAUCCCGACCCGGACCCGGACCCGGAUCCGCACGCCGACGCGCUCCGGGACCAGCACGGCAUCGGCGGGCGGCGCCGGCGACGCGGGUGCCGCCCGCGACGCCAGCUCGACGCCGCUGGGGACGUGCGGCAGCACCUGCACACCGGCGCCCCGCCACCGCGUCGCCGCGGGUCGUACACCGAUCAGAUCUUAUCGUACAUAGACAAUAACAACAUUGGGGAUUCUGCAGCUCGGAGGAACAGACUUGAUAGGCUGAUGUUCAGGACAAAUGAGCGGCUUCCUGGUGCUGUACUGCAAGCACAAGCACGUGUCCUGGAGAGACUCAGGGGCGUUUCUCUUGGUUCAUCUGCCUCCAGGCCAUCCAUCUCAUUAGAUGAAUUUUCUGCUAGCGAUGUGUUUAGAAUCAUCGACUUCAGAAAUAGAGAAACGAGGCACGAGGCAAAUCGGCCCCACUCAUCAUCGUUCCACCCGAGCAGUGAAUCAGAUGAAGAAAGACCAACUGUCAGUUCCACUAACUCCAACCGGUCAACUGGACUUAGCAAGGCGGCUUUCCUGCGUUUGCAGAUUGAGAUUUUUGAGGCUAGCAAAGAUGAUAACAGAGAAGCAUCAUCAGAAUGUUCUAUUUGCCUUGAUGGAUUUUAUGAUGGAGAUGAGCUGAUAAGGUUGCGCUGUGGCCACAGGUUCCACUCAACAUGCUUGGAGCCAUGGGUGCGGAAAUGUGCAGACUGCCCAUACUGUCGAACAAAUAUACGGUCACGAUCCUGAUGGCAAACCCUUAGCUGGAAAUAAGAUUAUAACCACAAUGGAGUUAAACUGUUGCAAAAUUCGCUGCUGUGGGCAUCCCAGUUAAUCCGGUGCUCCUAUGGCAACAUGUCAUUUCUAAUAUCCUGAAUAUGUGUGUUGUGUCGCUCAAUGAGGUUUAUGGACUAUGGUGUUGUGUGUUGUGUGGAGGCUGAUAGCAGUAUAGCUUAGAAACCACCCUUUUCUGUGUAUGUAAGCGAGGGAUUGAGCAAAUGAUCCUGUUCUACUUAUGAUAAUUUUCUGAUGUCUGAAUGUCAGUUGGAAUUGCAUGUUUCUUA